UCUGAAAAAGAGGUAAAACCAUUAAGUCUGCAUGCCUCAAUCCCCAUCAUCUGUGCGUCAGCGGUUGUGUUGGGCCAAGCGCGGUGUCUUUGCCGUCAUUGAGUCAUGGAUCUGCUCCAUAGUUGGGGGGUGAGUGUGGCGGUCUAUUUGCAGACAGAGUACAUUGCCUAUGAGAGUUGGUUUCAGCUGAUAUCCUACGUGGCAGACCUGCACACCACCUUCUUCAUCUUCUUCCCCAUCUGGUUUCACCUGAAAAGGGAUGUUGGCAUCAAGCUCAUCUGGGUGGGUGUGGUUGGGGAUUGGCUUAACCUGGUGCUAAAAUGGGUUCUUUUUGGAGAAAGGCCUUACUGGUGGGUUCAUGAAACCAGGUUUUAUGGCACUGAGUCAGCACCUGCUCUAAGGCAGCUUCCCAUCACGUGUGAGACUGGACCAGGAAGCCCUUCUGGUCAUGCAAUGGGCUCUGCUGCAGUAGGGUAUGCAGUGGUCACAUCAUUGCUUUCUAUUGCUAGUCAGAGAAAAGCUCCUGCUUCGGUUUAUUGGAUUUUAAAGUUACUGUUAUGGAUGCUGUUGGGGAUGGUUGAGCUGUUAGUCUGCGUGUCUCGUGUUUAUGUUGCUGCCCACUUUCCCCACCAGGUUAUAUGUGGCGUUAUCUCAGGUAUCGUUGUAGCUGAAGUAUUCUCAAGACAGCGAUGGAUUUACAACACCAGCCUACAGAGUUACUGCAACAUCACUCUGUCCCUGACCGUUGUCGCCGUGGGCUUUUACGUUCUCUUGAAGGCUGUGGGUGUGGAUCUGCUGUGGACUAUAGAAAAAGCUCAGAAAUGCUGCGUGAACCCAGCCUGGGUCCACAUGGACUCGACGCCAUUCGCCAGCUUGAUGCGCAACAUGGGCACCUUGUUCGGUCUGGGCCUGGGCCUGCACUCGCCACUCUAUAUCGAGAGCAAGAAGAGCACCAGCAUUCCCUUCAGAAUAGGCUCAAUUACCCUGUCAUUAGCCCUUCUGCAGCUCCUGGACUUUUUGACCUUCCCGUCAGAUAACCAUACAAUCUUUUACAUUCUGUCAUUCGUUAAGAGUGCAGUCGCUCUUUUAGUUCCCACCAUACUUGUUCCUAGAUGUUUGUCCUUGUUUUUCCAGGAAAGGAAAGUUGAAAAGUCCUCAUAGAUAACUAUUUCAGAUGUUGAUAAUGGUGAGUGAUAAAUACUUAGUGUGAAAGUCAGUAUAUUGGUUAUGUUCCACAACGAUUUAGCUCAGGUUCUCGUCCAUGCACUUGCAUCAGGCUUCACAUGUUUGUUCCAUGUUUUCUGAAUACACCUCAGAGACCAAGUACAGAAGACGUAUUGUAUCAUAUUUAAAGCUUCACACUUCUUGUGCCUAAGAACAAUUCUGCCAAGUCCAUUCUGAGACCUUCUGACAUCAAACAAUGGUUUUCUGUCAAGAAUUUAAAAUUUGUUCUGAUUUAUUACAGAGCUGAAGGUAUUUUAUAGCAACUACAAGAUUUUAAGAACCUAUUAAUGAUCAGUUGUGAAGAGUGGUUAGAGAGGUUUGUUUUGGUGUAUUUUAACUGAAGCCAUUGUGUAGUUGCUGGGGAAUUUCCUUCCCUAUCUUCUGAAUGAGUCUGGCCCAUUCACUACAACUUGACUCAUUUCAACAAAAAACAUGUCCAAAGGUCCUUCUACCAGCUCUUGUACUCUGAACUGCUCACCGAAGUCAGUGUUCUAUACGUGUGGGAUUGUACAAUGCUGAGUUACUAAUUGCCAUUGGGGCCAUGCAUGUGCUUGUGCGUUCCUUUGCUGAGAUUGUGGAACUUUUAUGGAACUCGUAAAACUUAAAGGAUCUGUGCAUUUAAGUGCAGAAGUAAAUUCAGGAGUCAUGUACAUUUUGUACAUUUUUCUUGCUCUUACACAACUGAUGAACGUGUCAAUUAAUAACUAAUGACUUCAAUCAGCUUUGAACAUUAAAAUCCCCAGCUGGUCCUUUAUGCUUGGAUGAAACUUUUAUCCUUUUAAUACUAAUUAUGUAUUUUAUGUUGUUGUAUAUUAAACCAAACCAUUCAUUUA